GGGGGGGGGGGUAAGGAAAACCCUUAUGACGUGUUGUUUAAGAGUGACAACAUUUGAUGGUGGAAACUGGUUCAUUCAAGGUAUCUCACACAACCCUAAAAAGCCCUGAGCAAAAUAUUACAGGCAGAACUGGAAUACUCUCCUAGGUCUAAUCUGUAAAACUGGAAACCCUAGACUGUCACAAUCAUGUGUUGAAAGGGGAGGAACAAUGGAGGGAAAUCACUUUGGCCUGCAGCUUGUGGUCUGAGGCUGUGUGUCUAAUAAAUAUGGUAAGUUAAACGUGUCUGUUUGUCUUCAGAAUCACCCCAUGUUACACUAAAGGUGCAUCUAAUUUUAGCAGGUUUUCAUUUGUCGUCACAUAAUCUUCCAUAAGCGCCUAUUCAUCUAUAGAUCACUUACCUUAAUUCAAACUAUUUGCAAGAAGCUGAGUAGUUGAGGCCAAGUGAUGGCUUGUCCUAUAGAAGGUACUCUGCAUAUAGCAAAAUUUCUGCCUGCUUCUAUUGUAUCUGCCAAGAUGCAGAUCCCAGAGUAUUAGUGGCCAAUGCAGAAUCCUGAACUAUGAUUGGUUACUUGCCUGGUCAGAUGCAAGACUUGCUUUACAAUCCGCUUCAGGUUUUUGGACUGUGUUGAACAUAAUCAUAAAUGUUCUUCCUUGAGCUGCGUCCCCCCGCUGCAGUCGAUGGACUCGCCUGUAGGUCUCCAUACAAACAAGCGGCUGAGAGACGGUGAGUUGUGUUUAGUCUCUGCUAAAGAAAUCAGCUACGGCUGGGACCCUAUAUGUAACAUUGAUGAAGUUAGGUGCUGUUGUGAGUGUUAUUUGUGGCUAUAGAGUGGCUUUUUGGUUGAGCGCAUGGCUCUCUGUAUUGCUAUCUGUGGUCGUUACUAAAGUUGGUAUAACUAGAGAAGCAAGCAGUCGGCAACAUUCAUCUCAACGGGGUGUCUAACUCGGUGUUACAGUGUGUUUGACCCUAACUUAAUACCCUCCGCCCUGACAUAGUGUUGUAAUUAAAAAGGGACCAGAAGAUAAUCCUGGUCGAGCUCACAGUGCCUUGGGAGGAGGGUUGUGAGAAGGCACACAAGAGGAAGGCCACAAAGUACCAGCAGUUAGCCCAAGACUGCAGAGACAAGGGCUGGCAGACAUGGCUGUUCCCUGUGGAGAUAGGGUGCCGAGGCUUCCCAUCCAAGUCGGCAGGGCAUUUCCUUUCAGCUAUAGGCCUGGAUGAGCGGAGCAGGAAGCAAGCUGCCCGAAGGAUGGGGGAAGAGGCAGAAAGUGCCUCGUGUUGGCUAUGGAGUAGGAGAGAGGAGGAAUGCUGGAGGCCAAGGGCAGAUGGGCAGUGAGCUGGUCACUCACUGUGGGCCCACCAACUGGAGGGUGUUGUGGUUGAGUUCUGAAACACCCAGAGAAGGUUGGACACCACCUGAUGACAGCCACCCCUGUGGAAAAGCACUCUUAUGGUCCUUACACACCAGGCCGAUGUGAAUAUAGAACGCGAAAUCACGAAAUAUUCGGGGGCGAAUUUUGAUGCGCCUGACUAUACACAUCAAGCCCGAUGCGAUUUUGCUACUUUCUGGGGGGAAAAAGAUGCAUCCCGGGGAAAGUCCUGCCUCCUUCGCCUCUGAUUGGCUAGAAAAGCUGGAAACGUCAUCACACGCUCAAGCCAAACGGUCAGCACUUAUAGCCAAUCAGAGGCGAUAAGAUAAACAUAUGAAACUAUGGCAACAACCAUUAGCUUACGUUAGCACAGAUGAAAGUUAAAACAAAGACGUUUAGCAAACUGUUAAAGCACACAAACCAUCUUCAUAUGAAAGAUCCAAUGCUAUGACUCUCCACAAGUUGUCAUUCAGAUCGUUAUCUUUGUAAUGUUUGUGUUUUUUAUCAAAAAGCACUCUGUUCUCCGACACGUAAACAAUCAGCUGGUCGGCCAUGUUGGGUAUACCUGCGAAUCAGACAUCGCAACAACACGCAAUCUGAUUGCUCAGAAGUCCCGCAAUAUUGCAGGACGAGAAAACGUCGCUGAUAUGUACGCCUGUAUUGACAGGAUACGGGUUUGAAAUAAUCACACGACAAAAACAGUCCCGGUGUGAAAGGACCUUCAGGUGUAUGCAACAAAUUUUAAGCCAGAAUAUCACUUUGAUGCAACCAAUCCCCAAGUCCAGGUCAACCCAUGUGUCUUCAAUAGUCUGAACUGCAGUUGGACUCGGGUUUAAGUCCUGAAUGUUAGUUCCUACUAUAACCCAACUAUCUGCCAUUUUAAGGUAAAAACAGAUGUGCACACAGGAUCUCUUAGUGAAUGUCAGUCAGUGUAGAGUUCAUUAGCAGAGACAGCAAAUAAAUGUUUAUUGAAGUGCAAACACCUUGUGGUCCUUCAUACCCAUUUAAAGAUCAGUGCCCUAGUUUGGCCACCCCAUUCAAAAAGAUUAGCUCCGCCUCUGACCUCUUUUCAAAGUCCAUGGCCCCCAAAUGUCGUCAGAAAUGUCAGAAAACCAAGAGUCCAAACCCUCACAAUGACAAUUUAGCCAAAUUAGGACUUUACAGUCACUUUGUAUCUACUACAAUGUGCUGUUCGGGUCAAAAUUAUGCUAAAUAUCAUAACAGUGUUCAUGUUAUUGUGUAAUUCUAACCCUGGACUGAACUGUCACACCGGCUGUGUGAGUGAACCACCACUGUGCGGCUCCCUGUCCCGUCAACUUCUGCGCCCUGUCUCCAGCCUCAGCAGCCAGCCACGGAGGUUCAACCACGGACACGUCAGGAGGCUUUCUCUGGCACAGAUAUGGGGACCCACUGAAGAUACCAUUUCGUCCAUCUGUGGCAGCAUCCCCUGACAGCGAAGGUAAAUAAACAGUUUGCGAUGGGAUGACUUGAAGCCGUUUGGAAAGCUGUUCACCUCUGCCUGUGAUAAGCCAUAUUUCCGAGUCCACCGACAGCUAAUGUUAGCUAGCUUGUAAACUGGCUAACAGAUAUUGGUACGUAGAAUAAACAUACCCUAGACGUGUAAGUAGAAGAUAGGUAUCCUUUUAGUCUCGCAACAAUUUAAGUGUCCGCUUUAUAUGGAAACCGGCGAACAAGCGCCCGUUACCGUCUCACCGUUUGCUAUUGGCUAACGGUAACCGAACGACAAAACAGGAGCUAGCUCCGUGUUAACGGCUAACUCCGCACCGUAUCCAUUCAUUUCUUUUCCUCGCUACUUACCCCCUAUCCCACUGUUUAUUUCUUAAAUAUGGACUUAAAUAGAGAGAAUACGAUUCAAAGAAAACUCUAAUAGAGAUAUUUUUAUUUUGUGCUCUUUUAUUUCCGGAAUUUUCGUUCAUGUAAUGUUUGGAUGUUUGUGUGCUGAUGGCAUUUCAGUCACACGACGUGUCAGCUAAAACAAAUGUCAAAUUUGGGAUUUUAAGACCACGAAACUAGCAGCAGUGUCCGUGUGUUAAGAGUGUAUCAGCUAUUUAUUCGCACUAUAUUGCCCACUGUUCAAAAUAGUCUUUUAUGGCUUUUAGGCAGCGCUGCCAACUCACCAAACAAAACCACCUGCUUUGUUGGAAAUCACUAGAAAGUACAACCAGGAGAUGGUGUGAACCAAAAGUUUUCAUUUUACAUGUAAAUCUCGAGGAAAUUACACCUACAUAUAGUCCCAAUUGCAAGUUCCAGUGCAUCAGUUUGCCAGUAACCUUACAUAACCCAUAUCACUAAAAAAGGCUGUAUCACCAAUGGAGGCCCUCAGCAGACAUGCAUCCACUCUCACAGUGGGUUUACACGAGCACAGUGGCUUAAUCACAAUGAAACUGUCUGUCCAAUAGUAAUUAAAAUAAGUAAAUAAGGGGUUGUAUAUUCCUUUUGUUUAACAGCAAUGCACCAAUUGUGAUUGUAUUCCAUAUUAUUAGCAAGCUACACAGGAGUGCGAAACUAGUCAGGGACUCUUUUGGAAAUCUACAAGAGUUAAAUGUCUUUAAAAAGUAGCAAUGCCAUAUUUUCACUACUUAAGUGAAAACAAGAGGACAGCCAGAGUUUUAAAUCUACUUACUACACUUUCAGAAUCCGAAUCCGAAUGUCCUUUAUUGUCAUCAUACUAAAAGCACAACGAGAUUGGAGAGCUUCUCCUUUUCCAGUGCAAUAGACAAGUAAAAAUAAGGUAGUAAAAGUACAAAUAUUUGUAAGAAAGAAGGCACUAUAUAUACAAGACAAGAGUUCAACAGAACAGUAAAGUAAAUGUAUAAGAAAGAGAAAUACUAAAGAGAAUUAUCAAAAAUGGAUAUGUGUGUGUUUGAAUAUAUGUAAAUUUUUUAUAUGUAUCUGGACAUGUAUUCUGCCUUCUUUCUGCCUUCUUCUCCUGUAUUGCGUCACUAAUCCACCUGCGGUUUUCUGGUGAUAACAGGAUAAUUUGUUAUUUUGAGAUGGCAAAACACUCUUGAAAAAUUAAUCAUCUGUAACUGCAGAUAUUGAAAUUCCUUCUGAUAUGUACUGAUGUGAGAAUGCGUUAAUUAUACACACAUAAUGCCGGGUUAAGGAUUCCAUCAGCAAGCCUAAACAUGAUGGUUUUAUGUAAGUAAUUUUGAGGGUUGUAGUCAGACAGCACAAUAACUGUUUACGGUGCUUGAGAAGCACAAGUGACGUAACACCACAAACUUCAUUUUGAAUUACAAGAACGGUCAUGUUGAACAGCACCGAAUGAAUACAUAAUUAUCUGGGGUGUAUCAAAUGUUGUUAGUCUCGUUUAGUGUUUAUUUCUAAAACAACACAUAGUCAGAAACAGGUUAACAGAUAAAUUCAAGUUUAGGAGAGACUUUAUGUCUUUUAUAAUGAAAAUCAGUUUUGGCUAUCAUGUCAUAAGAUAUUGAGAUAAUUUAAUCUGUUUUAGGGUGAAAUCAGCAAUUGUUAUCCUAAGGUAACUAGUAAAAUGGUUUCAAACAAGUGAAAUCCACUUCACAGCAAACCAAAUAGAGUAAUAGUGAGAAAACAUCCCAAAUUACCAAAAUUAUCACAAGAAAAUUGAGUAAAUUAGAUGUGGAUAGAAUAGGAUGCAUGUUCUCACAGGACUUCUGUAAUUAUGUUGCUUAAUGAGCGGUGUAGUUAAACUAAUUUAUAUAGAUUGUGUUUUACUCCUCAUGAAAAGUAUCCUCUUGUUUACUUUUGCUUAGGCUGAUGUGAACUGGAAAAAUACUGGAUUGUUCUACCUUACCCUGUAAAGAAAUACCAUACAGUUUUUUUUCUGAACUAUUAGAGUGUAUGCUUUCAUGGCAGAAUAUGUAAAGCCGGAAAGUAAACAGUCUGUCUGAGGUUACUGUAGCCAUGGCUUAUGUCACAUGCAUAAUAAGUAGGCUCAUUUUGCUGCUCUGUAGGGCUACCCAAUACCUGAGAGUGUAACAUGAAGCCUGUGUGGUCUGGUUGGCCUGCUCCGUCGCACAACAGAUUCUUUUGUCAUCCUCGUCAAAACAAUUGAACUCUGGAUCUUUCCGGAUGAAGACCAAUAUCUGUGGCUUUACUCAUCUGAUUCUUAGGACAAAUACAGAAUAGUCAGUGUAGUCAGUAACUGCUGGUUAUUUGUGACCACAGCUCGAGGGAUUUUUCAUAUCAAAGGAAAGUUUUAAUCUAUUUGUGCAUGACUCUUCUCAAAUAUUCAAACCUAAAACAGAUCCCAGCUGAGGGGGAGGGUGAACAAACAGCCUGCACUCAGUUGGCCUCUCUGUUUUGUUUGAUAAUGUUUACAAAAGAGCUAGCAGAUGGGACAGUAGGGAUGAGGCCUUUUUGGAAGAGCCUUGCGUGUUAGAUUUAUUGAAGGCACUCAAUGAGGACCGCAACCAGGCAGGACAUUGCUUGAAGUCAGAUCGUAAUGAACCCCCUGAUGACAAAAGCAUGUUUGAGUUCAUCGCCAGUGUCUUGAGUGUGCUCCCUCCAUCUGUCAUGAAUACAGAUAUGAGCUUUUGAGCUAAUAUUUAACCCUGGCAGGGAUUGUCAUCAAGGCACUGGCAGAAUUUUCACCUGUUUACUUUCAUGAUCGCAUUUAAAGUUAAUGUGCAACUAAAGCUCAACAUGUUCAAGUCCAUUGUAGGGAGUGCGGCAUUGGUUCGCUCCGGUAGCAAAUCAAUGUCAUCAAUUCCUUCUCCGCUUCCCCUUUUGAUUAGUCAUGCACAAUGGAAGCACACGCAGCAACGAUUGUACCGUACAUGUGACUGACGCUGCAAGAACACCACACUGAGGAGAUGUGCUUGUUUUUUUCCUGAGCUUGUGCUCUUAUCAGGGGGAAAACAUUGCAUAGCAGCUCACAGCAAUUAGCUGCCACUUAUCAGACACACACCACCACCGUAAAGAGGUCAUCCCAUUGGCUGAUUCCGCUGUGUCCUGUCAGCUAACUGGACGGACGCAUCUCUCAAGGAAUAGCCCCAGAGAAAGGAUGACAAGGUUUAUGAUCGUGUUGCGCAAUCGCCACUGGUAUCAGAUAGCGGUGUGCCGGUAUUUACCCAUGUAAGGGUUUUUCCAUCAUGAUUAGGUGGACCAUGAUUGAGAAUGUAUUGAAGAUGGCAGGGAGGUUGUAUCAUCAUAAUCUGAAGGAGGGAGAACUUGGGUCACAGUGGAGUUUCCUAAGGUAGAGUAAGGAAGAGCCAAAAGAGAUGAAGAGACAGAGAUCGUGGGGCGACCAGGAUGCCCUGGAAAGCACCACAGAAGACAACACAGACAACAGUGAUGAGUCCUCAUCUCUGAAGUCUUCUUGGUCCCUGGUGAGUCAGCGCUGACAAGUUUCUGUCUCUGUCUGUCUCAGCUUGGGCCCGGUGCUGGAGGGCCUUACUACUCUCUUCGUCAUCAUCCUGUAUUGUUUGAUUUGGCAGGUUGCUUAGCUUUGUGGUUUAUUUUUAUUGCCAAGCCCAAUGGGUUUGUACCUGACCACAGUGAAUCAGGUGGAUUAUAUGAGUCUUAAGACUGCAUACAAAUGUGUUUUUAUAGAGAUAAGUUAGACUAAGAAAGUGUGGACACUGAUAUAAUGUUUGUGUUGAAGAUAGUUGAAUCUCUUUCUAUUUCUCCUACAAAGUCUGUUCUGUUUCAUUUGUAGCUGAGGGUAUGGCAGUUGAUAGUGUGUACUGAAGGUAUUGGUGGCAGGCUGGCAGCAGGUAAAUCGUGUUUGUCACAUGUGACAGGGGUGAGAUAACUAAAUACUGGCACGAUUCCAGACAGCUCCUAUCAAUACAGAAUGUUUCUUACAACAUUAUAAGCCUCAGUAGUGUUUUGAAGCCUUAUUCGACAGCAUCAAUUUAUUGUUGAUUUUUGCAUGCAGUUCUGCAGAGUGUCUGUCUGUCCAUGUGACAUCCACUGUGGUGUCAGAAUAAAAGUGAAAGUUAGUUACAUAACGCUCCAAAUUUACACUGUGUUUCCUCUUGGACCACAGCAAGGCAUUGUUCUGUGUCCAGAGGAACAGAGAUCCUGAAAUAGAUAUAAACAUUGAUUGAAUGAACCAACAGCAUGCUGGUGGAUUGAACUUUUUAUCCCAUACAAAGUGAAAUUAUUUGUUUGUGCAAUCCUGUGUUGCUGCUAAAAAGUUCAUCACCCAUUAUGCAUUAUUUAUAAAAGGAUUAACCCACCAAAUCACCAGUAAGGUAAUGUAAAUAGAGUUUUUUUUAUUGGAAAGCUUUCAUGGAAAAUAGAUAAACUACUUAUACUUAGGACUGGGCGAUCUGGCCAAAAAGAUGAUCAAAAAUAAAUACCAAAUAAGACGUUAAAUAACUUUUCUUCUCAACAGUAACAUCUUUAGAGGAUGACUCAAAGUCAUGGCUGACACAUAUUUUACUGCCCUCAGUUCCACGUUUGGUUACUGUGUUUGCUUGUCCAGCAACUUACAGAAGUGAGCAGGAAAAGCUUGACUCUGAUUGGCUGUUGUGAUGCACGUUUUCGCCAAGUUUGAUCAAGUAGAUAAGCUCACAGCUGAUCACCAUGAUCGGACUGAAAUUUAUCACGAUCAUAUAAUCGCCCAGUCCUACUUAUACUAGAUAUUAGGGGUGGGAGAAAAAAUCAUUUCACAUAAGUAUUGUGAUUUUUUGCUUUACAAUUUUUAAAUCGAUUUUUAUGUUCAAAAAUCGUUUUUUUUUUUUCAGAUUUAAGAAUAAAUCUUAAAAAUUGACUUACAUGUGAGGGGUAUUUUUGGGAAAAUAUGGUUCCUGGAAUAGUCACUGGACAAUUAUAAUCAUUCAACUUUUAAACUGGUGUUAAGAAUCCAGACUAAAAAUCGACAAUAUCGUAGAACCGCAAUUUAAAUCGAAUCGGCAUCCAAAAAAUCGUAGAAGAAUCCGAUCUGUUGAAAAGCAUAUGGUCCCAGCCCUACUAGAUGUUACAUGAGAAAAUCACAUUCUGGCUGAUAUCAAUCUAUUAAUCAGCUUUCUUCCUUUUCUAAACUAAACACUAUAUCAAUGUCCUCCUUCAGUCAAACUCAAAUUUUUGCCAAACCUAGAAUCAAGAGAAACCUGUUGAAAACACGGGGUAUUGUGUCAAACUUAAAGAACUUAAUGAAGUAAUUGCACACAGUAUAGCAUAUUCUUCUUACACCAUGUAGGCCUUUUCUUUGCUUUAGAAGUAGUUAACAGUGUAGGUUAUUAUGUUUCCUUUAAGCUGAGACUACUUGCCUUCGAGAUAAAAUCAACUUCAAAACAGUCUUGACAGUUUUCCAGAGACAGAGUAAAACGUCUUUCUUCUCUGUUCUGGUUAUCUCCUGACAGAUCUACUUUCGCUGCAUUCCUCAAAUGAAUUAUAGUCAACAAAAAACACAAACUCUGGCAUGUUUGUAUUUUUCCACCCCCCCUUUUUUUUGUAGAAAUGCAGGUUAAGUUCCUAGAAAGAAUCUGAGUUUCCUGUUGUUGACAGAAGGCGUCGCAUUAAGUCACGUGCCUCUCUCUCCAGCCCUCUGAAAAGUCAACACAGAGUGAUGGAUGGACUUCAUGAUUGUCGUCUGUUUGUGUGGUUGGAAAUGCGAGUUAUUCUUAGUGGCCUGCGUAUGUCAAUAUUUUACCGCUGUGUCUUCACUUGCCUUCUCUCUGGUGAUAUAUAUCAUGCCAGUUACACAUGUUCCAUGAUGCCAGCCUUGCACAAAUGCCACUAUUCUCUCCCCCAGCAGACCCCACCCCCCUAAUGCUCUCAUGGCUAGAAUCUGAACAAAAGGUCAGUGUAAGAUAGGAGCAUUUUAGGUUACAUAAACGCAGUGAAGUCAGCAGGGGAAUGUGUUUACUAGCCCCACUAAACUAGACCCUGACCUGAGCAAACUGAAAUUAUGUUUACCAAGUUAUCUGUCUGUAUCACAGUGUGCGAAGGACUGGAAAUGAUUUAGCUCAGUAAAACUCAGUGAAGAAGUCCGAGGAAAGCUGGAAAGUUAGUGUGAUUAUGUCUGAUUACCUUAGGUUCCUGUGUAGUUUUCCCCCCGUUUGACCCCCUUUUACUGCCUGUGAAAGAAUUUACAACCUUUCUGACUGUUUCUUCCAAGUAACAAAGUAAUGUCUGGAGAAAAAUGUGUGCGCAGUUAAUCCGAGCCUGAUUAAUUAUAGCCACAGAGGUCUGGUUUUCAGUGCUUUAUUUGAUCUACUUAGCGGAGUUAUGAAUGUAAACAGGAAGUCAGCUGCCUCCAUGGCAGCAGUGCAGUGGGAACUCUGUGUGAGGUUGUCUCUUAUUGUUUGAGCCCAGCCGUCAGCCCCCCUCUCUGAUGUUGCUCAUGUGGGACAGCGGCCAGCGACGGGGCAACAGUGGAACUCUGGCAGCCUGUAUGCGGGUCAGGAGAUAACAGACACCACAGGACAGGCAGGCUGAGAAAGAGCCGAGGGGCGAAAACACAACACGAACGAGGAGCGUGACGGUCCAGAAGAAGAUACUUAGACAGAAGAAACAAGAGUGGAUAGACUGAGAUAGUAGAAAUGAGUCUACACACUUCAGACUGACCUCCUCAUUUGGACUGUAAACAGGACACUCAUCCUGUCUUUGCAUUUACUCAGCUAAUAUUUAGUUCUUUUCCCACCUCCAGGCGGACACCAUGAACUACGUGGGCCAGCUGGCAGGUCAGGUGCUGGUUACCGUCAAAGAACUGUACAAGGGCAUCAAUCAGGCCACAUUAUCGGGCUGCAUUGAUGUCGUGGUCGUCCGCCAGAGAGAUGGCACCUAUCAGUGCUCACCGUUCCACGUGCGCUUCGGCAAGCUGGGUGUACUACGCUCCAAAGAGAAAGUUGUAAGUAACUUUUUGUCUUGUGUGAUUGUUGCUAUUUUUUGUCUCUGCUGAUUCAUCAUUCAGAUAUUAAAUUCUGUAUCAUUACCCUUCAUAUCUCAGCAAAGAAAUGUUUCUGGAGCUGUAUUUAUGUAAGCGACAGAGUUUAUGUUUGUUAUCCAAGCAGCAGGCCCCAUCCAUCACAUAAAGCUCUCUUUUUAAUAUUUUCUCCUGUUUUGGUCAGACUUAGAGAUCUUAAACGGAAUUUAUGCAGGGUAUGAGGCUUGUGCUGUGUACGCUUGUUUCCAAACUAAGUCAUUUGAGCUCGUCAAAAAACAAAAACCACACACACACAGGACAGUGUAUAUUUGUUCAGAAUGUGCCUUAUUGACAUUACCUUGAAUGUACAGUCACAUUGGGCCUCCUUUCUGAGAAGUCGGGUCAUAGGUUAUAAAUAAAUAUUGAACAGUGAGUUACAGAAUGAUAGCAUGCUUCUCAGUCGCAAUAAUGUUAGUUUUGCCACCUGUAAACCAAUUAAAUGUUGACAUCUACAGUAUGUAUGUUUUAAAGUGUCCAUUAGCUUUUAAUCAUACACAGAUGUUUAAUUCCUGUUUGAAAAAGGAGGGCUAUAAAUUAACUUUGAUUACAUUUGAAUUUAUAGGAAACCGUCUGCAGGAAAACACUAAUUUAGCUUUAUUGUGUGUGCUGUUCUGAUACCCUAGAGCAGGGGUGUCGAGCUCAACCACAGCAAGGGCCAUAAUCUGGAUUUAGGUCUAACCUGAGGGCCAAACAGGGUCAACAAAACUGUCAACCUCCUUUUCAAAAAAUAUGUAACAAAAACAGCAGUGAUUAUGAAUCAUUUGGAAAUUCUAAAAAGAUAAGUUUAAAGGCAGUCUGAGAUAGAAAAAAAAUAUUAGAUUUUAAUUUUUUAUUCUAUUUUUAUUUAUUAGUUCAAAAGAUCAGAGCAUGAUAUUAAAAAUAGAAAAAUAAUGCUUUUAAAGGGCAAAUACACGAGGAGAACAUUGAAAUCAUGUUUAAAAGGUCAAAAUAUGAAUUAAAAUUAAAACUGGAAUCUAAAGUAAAGAAAUGGCACGAGUCUAAAUACUGAGUUGAACAAAAUCAAAGCAUGAAAUAAAAAAUCCAAUCAUGUUUGACUUGUAAUCUUGAGAUGCAAAAUUGAAAACAUGAAAUAAAACAUCAAAUAUUUUUCCCCUACAUCCUUGACUAUUUAUCAAAUCUUCCUAACUCUUUAAUUUCCCGGAUUUCGUGGCUUAUUAAGGACAUUUUAAACAAUGGUGCUAAAGUUUACAUUAUUAUACUGAAGGAAAUCUUAAGACUUCAUACUGGUGGGCCAAUGAUAAUACAAAUAUGAUAUGAUAUUGUGGGCCAGAUAUAGUUGUUCCACGGGCCAGAUUUGGUCUCCCAGGCCUUGAGUUUGACACCUGUGCCCUGGAGUAUCCAGGCCUUUCACCCUCUUCACAGGAGCUGUUACUAUACAUUCUUGAUCCAGUUAAUCUUGGAGGAAGAGUGGUGCUAUAUUUAGUGCGUUCAUACUAGAGAAAAUUGCAUUUUGCACCUUUGCUUUGGCCUAAUUGACAGAUGUUGAGAACAAGUUCAGCCUCUGUUGCAAGUUCUUGUAAUAUAAAUACAUUGAACGAUACUAAUAUAUUGUAUAAAGACAGCAUAGUUGUGAAAUAGAGCCAAGUAUUGUGGCUCUGCAGAUCAGCUGAUUCAGAGUCAUAAAACACAGCCUUUCUUGUAUAUCAGAUGAGGUUACUUUGGUGUAUUAGCUUACAUAAAAAAAUCACAAUAUUCCUCACUGUUCUUUAAGCAAUUAGUAACGGCUGAUAUUAAACGGUGAUUAUGGUUUAAUAUGUUUUCCACUGAUUGUCCGGUUCUUCUAUUCUUAGACCAGUCACACUGUGCUCUGACUAGAAGAAAGCGUAUUUUCUUGCUUUUGGACCAGAGUGGGUGAUGAUUUGCGGGGGAUUGACACUGUCUCUACACCUACUCAGAAUGCUGAUGGGGCUCAGAGGGAGUACUGAAUGAGUGGUUCCUAUGGCAACAGCUCUACAACUUGAAUGUGUGGGAGGGGGAGGAGAAAACGUGAAGAAGGUCUCAAUAACAAGGGCUGUUGUGUAACAGUUAUGCAUGAUGAGCCCCUGAGUUGCUUUUUUUUCAGAUGCUCAAGGGUUUCAGCUCAAUAUAAAGUUUUAUUUCAGAAGUUUCUGAGCCAAAAUAAAUGAUGAAAAUUUUAAAGAGAUGUUUUUAGAAUAAGAGAGAGGGAAUAAAAGUGUUAUAACCAGUCAAAUACUAAUUGAAUUUUGGCUUUCAAAAGUGUCCCCGUCUCUGUACUCGCAUUUUCAGUUGGCAAUCAAACAUGUUUUAAAGUGCUGUUUGACUCCAGCUUUGACGACAACUUCACUUAGCCAUACAUAAAUCAUUCAUCUCUUCUUUUUCUGGGCUGAAUGAGGUACAAGCUUCUAAAGUGACACUGUCAGAUAAAACAGACAGAGAGAGAGAGAGAGACAAUCCAAUACUGUGGCCUGAUUUGAGUAUCUGCCUGCCUCCAGUAAUUCCAGUAAUCAAGCAUGGCGUUGGCACAUCCACAGCUCAGCCACUCCAGUGAAUGUAACUUGCCACUGACUGUGAAAGGUUGAAGAGGGCCCUCAUUUAUUCUGCCUCAUUAUUAACCGGGCAUUGAGAUUCCCAGCCAUCGCUCACCACAUAUAAACCCCCCUCAGCAACCUUGAGGGCAUAAAAAAGGAUGUUGGAGCCGCAAGGAAAACCACACAUACUGAAAAGUACAACAUGGCGGAUCACAAAAGAAUACAAAAAAAAUAUGGUACUGGUGGGCGUCAGUCGAAUUUUAAUAUCGAUGAUUAGAUUUCAGGUUGUCAGUCUGGGGCCGAGCACUUGUGAGUCAAAUUGUCCCUCCUCUUUAGUCUCUGCCAGACGUGACCUGGUUUCUUCUUUUGUGGUGUCAAGUUUCUGAAUGGCCACAGAUCCACUGGGGGUUUUUCCUGGCAGUCUUGAAUGGCCGUGUUCUGUUGGCAGGCUCCACAGUACGCAAGCCCAGAGGACUAAUACACUUAUUAGGUUUGAAAAGCCCCAAGGAGAUUGGAUGUAAGUAGUUGGUAGACUCCCACUGUGUGUAGCCUGAUAAAAAGCUGGAGCAGUUGUUUUUUUUAAUCCACUGAAAUGCAAGGAUGCUGCAGACAAAUAGAUAAAAAACACAAUGCUGAGUGUACAUUUGUGUUUUUUUUCUCUCUCAGCGACUAUAACGCGACAUUGCUGCUUGUGUGUUCUGGCAAAUUCUUUCAGAUCGACAUUGAAGUGAAUGGAGAGCCGGUGGAACUGCACAUGAAGCUCGGUGACAAUGGAGAGGCCUUUUUUGUUCAGGAAACAGAGCAGCUGAACGUAAGCACCCAAAUCACUCCACGGAUUAAUAAAGCUUUUAACUUUGAAAAAUGAAAUUGUAAACAACGACACGGACCCACAUUUUGAAGCAGUUAUUGAGUGAUUUGAGUAUAGAAUUAAAAUCAAACAUUUUAAGAUGAGAUUGUUGUUUGUUUCAGUCUGCAAGAAAUUCGUAUGGUAUUUUUUUACAUAAACUUUUCAUUUGACUAUGCCUCAAGAAAAUGCCAUACCAAAAAGAAAAUCAAAAAGGAUUGAAAAUAAUUCUCAACACAUCACACCGAAACAGCUCAUGACACCAUGACCAAACAGCGGUUUUAUAAAGUGAGUUUUGUUGCACAAGGGUGAGGCAAAUUUCUGUGACAUUUCAGAGAAAAAGCUGCUCUGUCCUGGACCUGGCGGAUGUGAGUCACAGACUUCACUACGCCGCCUUUGUUCAAACAUAUCUUAAGCCUGGGGGUCUUUCCGUGCCUUGUUUCAGCAGAUUAUCCCUGCCCACCUGGCCACCUCUCCUAUCCCCACUGAGAGUCACCUGUUCUGGAUCUCAGAGGUGGAGCACAAAGAGUUGGAUGACACCGCUGACCUGGAAGACCCCCCUGAUCCCCCUGUGCCCAGCACUCUGGCCAUAAAGAAGAAGAAGAGACGGAGGAAGAAGCACAAAGGAGAUCCACGCAGAGAGGAGCUGACCCCGCCCAUGUCAGUCACUAUUAGUAAUACUAAUGCUGCUAACAUACCUGCUGCUAUGACUGCUGCUAUGUCCAGCACUGGACAAAAUGAAGACAUCUUUGAGAUGGACCUGAGCUCAGACGAGGAAGCUGCAGUACGUGUGUCAAGGUGGGUCCAGGAUCAGUUCUUGACCUAAAAAUGAAUCUGUUUGAUUGAUAAUUAGUAGAUGGGUUAAUUUUCUAAUUAAUUUGUCUGUUUCACCAUCAAUUUAGGUCACCAUCAGUGACCACAAUGAGAGAUAUUGACCCCAAAUUACCAGCAGCCAGACACAACCUUGAUGGUUAUCCUCUGUCUGAUGGGGACUGGCCAGCUGAUGACAGGCAUGUAAUUUAAUGAACAUGUAGUCAUCAGUAAGGGUGUUACAAAAACAUGUAAAUAUUGUAUUUUAAUGCAUUUUCUCAUCCACUCCUUUAGCCAUGGCUUGUCUCAGGCCUUCUCCCCAAAGAGCGACUCUGAACUGGUCGUCAGGCCCUCAGAGAGUCUGCUCCGAGCCGAGUCCCACAUGCAGUGGACCUGGGGCGAGUUUCCAGAAACAGCCAGGGUAAGCACUCCUUCCUCUUUGAUGUGCAUGAUUUCCAGUGUGCUCCUCUCUCAGUAAUGUUCACCCUUUAUGUUCAAUAUUCAGGUCCCCAAAAAGGAGAAACCAGAACUCAUAAAAAAAGUCACCAUCACCCCGUCAGAGAGCACCCACUUCAGAGUCAUUCUCAGUUCAGAGGCCAUGGAAAACGAGACAGAGACUGAAAAAGAAGACACUCCCCCCUCCUCCUCCUCAGUGUGUACCAUUGUCAAGCCCGAGCCUCGCACCCCUGUGACUACUGUAACAUCUGAUAGUCUCCUCUCACCUGUCAGCACCAUAACCCCUGUGAGUCCUGUAACCCCAGCAGAGCCUCUGGAUGUCCCUCAAUCCAUUGUGGCAACCUCCACCCCCUCCAACAGCCAACAGACUGACUCCCCCUCCAAGAAGAAAGGUACUUUUAUCUUCCGUGAGCCACUUCUUGGGUUUGCUCUUGUUUUGGGUGUACAAUAACUAACUAAGAUGUUUUUAUGCAGGUGUCCCAAAAAGGAGCCAGCAUCAGGGGCCUGAGGAUAUCUACCUUGAUGACCUGAAUGUACUUGAACCUGAUGUUGCUGCACGAUAUUUUCCUAAGAGGUUAGAUGAUGAAAGAGGCGCCUAAUUAAUGUUGCUGCUUGGCCUAAUUUUGUUGAAAUUGGAAAGCUAAGUGCACUCUAUUUUAAAACUGGUUAUAUAACAGAUAUAGUCUGGGAAAACGACACUUCAUGCUUCUUUUGCUGCAGUGAAUCUGAGGCGGCGACGAAGCACUGGAUGGACUCAGAGAUCCGCUCCGGUUCACAGUCUCCACAGUCGGUGGGCAGCGCGGCAGCUGACAGUGGGACAGAGUGUCUUUCUGAUUCAGCAAGUGACCUCCCCGACGUCACUCUUUCUCUGUGUGGAGGCCUCACAGAAAAUGCUGAAAUAUCCAAAGGUAUACCAGAACGGCACUCAUAAAAAAUGUAGAGCACAGCGCUUCAUGCAGGGUUUGACCUCAGCUUGCUUAGACAAACAAAACUCAUUGUGUAACCAGAGUUUCCCCGAUGAUAGCAACACCAAAAAGCAACAAAACAAGUUAUUAAAGCUUCUUUACGACCUAAAAAUCUGUUUUGUAUAUGUUACAGCUUUAUUGCUCACUCACAUUUCCCCUUGAAAGUCACAAAUUCAAACAUGUCUUUGCUGAAUGUCUUCUUCACUGUUUUUUUUCACUCCGGUCCUCGUUUGUUUUGACAAAUUAUACAAAAAAAUGUCAGUAUCGACAUACCUAUCAGCUAAUAUCACCCUUUGACAAUAAGUUUCUCGACCCUGCACUGCUGACAUUUCCAUCUACUCUAAUUAAUGCUCCUCUUUCCUCUGUGUUUGCAGAAAGGUUCAUGGAGCAUAUCAUCACCUAUAAUGAAUUCGCUGAGAAUCCAGCGAUCAUAGAUAACCCCAACCUGGUUGUAAAGAUAGGAAAUAGGUAAGUAAGCAUAUUUUAAGAACCACAAGUGAAAUGUACAAUAGAUAAUAUUUCAAGUGUGUUCAUCAUGUGUUCAUCGAUUACUUUCUGUUAUCUUAGGUAUUAUAAUUGGACGCUAGCCGCACCCUUGAUUCUUAGCUUGCAAGCAUUUCAGAAGAAUUUACCAAAGGUAUGUUGUUGUUGUUCUUCCUCCCUGUACUGACAUUCACAGUUCAUUGGCAUGAAGCUUGUUUUUUUGACUGCUGUUGUGUUAAUGAUUAUGCUAGGCUACAGAGGAGGCCUGGGUGAAGGAGAAAAUGCCAAAGAAGUCAGGUCGCUGGUGGUUCUGGCGAAAAAGGGCGGACAGUACAAUCAAGCAGGUGUGCACGUUUGAAAUAAACCAACCUCAUCAUUUUUAGCCAGAUUCAAACCCCUGCGCAGGAUAAAGUUUUAGGACUGUCUUUGAAUAUUUUUCCUUUCUUCUUGUAGUCAGAGACUAAGCUUGAAACAAAGGAGGAGUCUCAACUGGAGGAGGAAGGACCCUCAAUAUCUCAGGAGAAACUGCCCAUGCCGUAAGUUAUACUAGCGUUUAUUCAUUACUCAUUAAAACUGGAAGAGUUCAACGGCACAGUGAACAUUGGUAUGACUCAGAAAAACACAUCUGUAGCUCCAUAAACACGUCACUUUAUGGCAGUUCUGCAUGAUCACAUGAUUUUGUUGUGUUGAACACAAAUGUUUUGAAAGAGUUAAAGAGCUGAGUUCAGGAGGACAGUUUAAUGAAUUUAAGUAGCCUCAAAUCCUCAUCAGUUCAGAGGCUAUACUGUUUUACUUCAGAGAAACACAAAAACCAUCUCAGAUUACUCAUGAGUGUUUUUUUACAAUAGUCGAUCAUCUGUUAUCUGUGUGUGUGCAUGUGUACAUGUAGGCCUAAAGUGGGAGACUCAUCCAGUGAUGAAGAGGGCAAAGAGGUGAGUGCUGCUUCCUGCCAGGACAGACUGCAGCCUGGUGAUGCGCAGCACCACCCCAGCCCACACACGUACAGGAAGUCACUACGCCUUUCCUCUGAUCAGAUAGUAAGUUUAUUUUUGGACCCGCAUGCUUCAUCAGGAUCUUCUACUUCUUGAAAGGAUGUUUUAUUCUACUGGUGCUGUCUGUCGUUUAUUCUGUGUGAGUUUUUUCUUGAAUGGGACAGCUUAAUCUUAAGAUAUCAGACUGAUGUUUAAUGUAACAACAGGGACAUGUGCUUCAAUGGGUUGAUUCAGCAGUGUAUAGCUCCCUCUGCUGGCUGGCUUUGACCUGCUGGGUACUUACUCCUCUCACAGUCUGUAGGGGGCCCUAAAGACCUGCACAUGUUCUCCGAGCAGUGCCACAGUAAUUCAUAAAGGAAAGUUGUGCCUCCACUGUGGGAAGAAAUGUGUCGUGAAUGAAACAGCCUGUGCCCUCAGAUGCCUUCACCAACAUCUACUUUGUUUGAUCAGGCCAGUCUGAAACUGAAGGAGGGACCCAACGAUGUGACUUUCAGCAUCACCACCCAAUACCAGGGGACGUGCCGCUGUGAGGGCACCAUCUACCUGUGGAACUGGGACGACAAAGUCAUUAUCUCUGACAUUGACGGCACCAUUACAAAGUAGGUGCUUUUAAAUCAUUCAUGACAACACUUUCAGAGCCUCAAUGAACAGAGCUGUUUCUACUGGAAUUAAACUACUACCAUGUCAUAAGCACACUGGUGAAUUUUGCUCACAUGAAUUCCUGUUUGUAUUUUACUGAGAACAAAUUAUUGAUAAAACCAAAUAUUUGAGGCAUGUUUUUAAAAAGUGAAAAAUAAUUCUGUUUUUUCUGCUUUGUGGAAAUCUAUGUCGUGUUUUUUGAAUAGAUGGUAAAUUUCUUAUUCAAAUCGUAAAGCAUGCCAGUUAAACCAAUGGCAUAUUAGAAUACAAGAGUCAUUUACAGUCAUGUAGAGUUGUUCCAGUUCAUCUGAUUGGUUGGAUGGUUCAGUAUCAAAAAAGGGAGGAAGAGGAUGAAUCAGAUUUUACUGAACUCUUAAUUUCCCUUUUAACUCACUUUUCUUUGCUACGUCAUCGCAGUGGACGAUUUCAAGUCCCUCUGAAACUCCAGAUAUUAAUUCCAUAAUCCGCUUUUAUUCAUGUUAAUCUUUUUAAUUAGCUAAAAGCUAGCUUCCUUUUCUUCUGACGCAAACCUGAGGCGGUGCUGCACUGCUGCCUUCCUAAACGCCCACUUGUAGGUUUAUAGGUGCUCAACAUCAAACAAGUCCAGAAUGACUGCAGCUUAUUAUCUCUGUGACCCUUUAGGUCAACCUGUGGCUUGUGGCUUUUCUUUGAGUAACAGGGUAAAGAGCACAGGGAUUAUAAUGAGCCCAUUUACAUUUCUGUCUGAAAGUACAUGCAGCUAUAGGCUUGGGUUGAGACGGCGCUGACCCUCUGGGCUAGUGAUCCUCAUUAGUAGAGACGCGUCUAUAAUGUGCUCUUUUAUGAUGAAAUGGUAAAGUAGUUAUGGUUCUUGAUGAGGUUUCUUAUUUCCACACUGUACUAUAGAUCUACUUUAUUUCCCUUUGUGCACGCGUUUCGUUGGAUAAGCCUGUCUCUCAGCGAUGUCCACAACAGAUGUCUCCGUCUUUACGUCGCUAAUGUUUGUAUAUGUUUGUGCAACUUUUCAGGUCAGAUGUGUUUGGACAAAUCCUGCCACAGUUGGGGAAGGACUGGACCCAUCAGGGCAUCGCCAAGCUCUACCACUCAGUCGCUGAGUAAGUGCACAACAACACUGAUUAAUCACAGAGGAAGGAUGAAUGGUCGGUCAGUGGUUAGGACUGUCUGGUUUGAUUCCCAAUCGUCUCCCCGCGGAGUUGAUAUUUCCUCCCGGUGUUUGCGUGGGGCGCUCUGAGGUGGAUGACUCAGAAAGUUUAAUCAAGACAAAAUUAUUGUAGAAUCUGAAAACACACCGCCAAACCCCGGUGUCAGUGUUCGGCCACUUUCCCUAAUGUGGUUCUCUUUUGAGAGUUUGAGAAAAUGUCAUUUGAACUUGUCUCCACUGCCUUAGUCAUUCACAGAGUAGAUAGUUUAAUACAUAUGCGAGGAAAUGGGGGAGGUUAUAUCUAAUUUGACUGACAAUAAUCCCUGUAUUUUCAUGGACUUGAUAUGAUUUCUGCACAUUAUGGAAGCAACCAAUAUAACUCAUCUUGUCUAAUUAAAGUGCUAUUCUUGGAUGCUGCUGAUGGCCGUCAUGAUUAAACCAUAAUGGAAAAGUCAUUAAUGAGCGCUGCCUUCCCUAUUUGCAGGAACGGCUACAAGUUCCUGUACUGCUCAGCGCGCGCUAUCGGCAUGGCAGACAUGACAAGAGGUUACCUGCAGUGGGUCAACGACGGAGGCAUUAUCCUACCCCGGGGACCUCUUAUGCUGUCGCCUAGCAGCCUCUUCUCUGCCUUUCACAGGUACAAGACUGAACAGUAUAUUUACUCUUGUUUUGUUGACAUAUUUUACUCUCUUUAACUUGUGAUUCUCCCAGCCUGCAAACUUGAAUUCACAUUAAUUAUCCGCACGUUUCUGGAGUUAAAAAUGUCUCAAAAUCCCAGCUCUUCACAAUUAGCCUUUCAUAUGGUGAGGUGGGUUAGGCUGCCAGAGGCUCAAACUCAUGAAUUUCUAACUAAGCAUUGAUUUGCAGCCUUGCCAUCAGCUUCUCGAAACACUCUUCUGUUCAGCGUUUUCGCGCUGUCUUCUCAUGACUUUAUCAUGUUCCUGUUUCUGAACAGUUUCUUCAGAGACAGUCAAAACCUUCAAGAAUUGACUCUGAUGUGAAACUGGCAUGUUUAUCAAUUAGCCCAGUAGACUUGCAGGUUUCUGUGCACCCCUUCUCUAAAAAUUUGAGCACAAAGAACCAACAAUUCUUCUUAAAAUGGAUGCUUAAAAAGUUUAGAGGUAGACUUUUUUUUGUAGUUUUGAAUAAUUUAGCUAUUUAUUGCGGCAAAAGUGGAUAGUCACAGCUCCCAUGAUUUAAACAGGAUCAGACCAUGUGACCUUUCCUGUGUACAACAUUCAACUCAGCUCAACUCAGCUUUAUUUGUAAAGUACUUUAAAACAACCACAACUGAACAAAGUGCUGUACAUAAAUAGACAAAACAAUGCAGACAUAAAAAAAAACAAUUAAAACAAUGGAUAAAAUAAAAGCAGAUAUUAAAAAGUAAAACAUAGUUUCAAUGUUUUAAAAAACUAAUUUAAAAACAAUAGAAACAAAUAACUAAAAACAAACCAUAAAACACUAAAACAGGAGCCGAGUCUCAUGCAGGGUUGAAAGCCAAUGAAUAAAAAUGGGUUUUAAGAUGCGUCUUAAAAAUGGACACUUAAGCAACUGUACAGUUGGUGGGUUUUUGUGCGAUAUCUUAAAGUUGUACAUUUUUUAUCACUUACAAGUUGCUCUGUAUCCAAAGCCUCUACACUCUCAUGAUGCAGAGUUUCUUACAAGUUAUUUUCGUAUGAGUACAUCAUAACAUGAUAAAAAUUCAUUUGCAACAACAACAACACGGGGUGUUCAACAGGGGAGAUCUCACUUAUCUGGCUAAUUUUCCCAAAAUUGAUGUAAAUACACCAAAGUCAUCUUCAGCCCUUCUGUCUGUGGCAUGAUAAGAAUAAUACAAUAUGUGCUAAAGUGACUGUAAGAGCCAAUUUUUAUAUUUCAACAAAAAAUAUAUUUAAUUUUUCUCAUAAGGAAACUAACUUUGGACUUUGGAGCUCUAUAAAGUUGUAUAUACAGAGUGCAUUAGCGGGGAAAAAGUCUAACAAAAGGGAGCAGAGAGAAGAGUGUGUGAAAGUCAUCAUGUAUUGAACAAAGUAAAGUCCUGUCAGACUUGACCCUUGCUGAGGACAUGCAUAUGUUUGUCUUACUAAUUGAACAAUCUGUUUGCUUCAGGGAGGUCAUCGAGAAGAAACCGGAGAUCUUCAAGAUUGAAUGCCUUACAGAUAUCAAGAACCUGUUCCAGCAUAACAAGCAGCCGUUCUACGCCGCCUUUGGGAAUAGAACUAAUGUGAGUUAAUGGCUGUUUAAAGAUGUCAGACUCAGGGACAUUAAAGCUCUCGUUGUGUUACAUGUCACUGAGCCGUGUUUUCCAGAAGCAGAUGUAGUCAUGAUGUAUUGCAAGACCGACAUGACACUUUGGCUAUCAAUUAGCAGACACAAACAUAUGAAAUCAGGACUGGGCUGAACCUGAGCUGAGGUCACUGGCGGCUGGCUGUGGUCCCAUGUGACACUGUCUGUGCAAGGGAGCUCAAGCCGGGCACAGCGUCUCAUCUUCAGCUGCAUAAACACCAACACCGAGAUGAAGCUCUGGGCCGGCCAUCAAACCUCAGUCUGUCUCCGAUUCUCGCCAAAGAAAAGAAAUCAGAAAAUAACACAGUCAUAUCCUCACUGGCUGGAGCAUGCCCAUCAAAACAUUCAGUCUAGAAUUAUUACCAUCACGUGCUUUAGGUGGACACAAACAGGAAAUCUGCAGUUAAUCUUAUUAACAUGCUUAUGUCACUUUUGUUUUACUGUGUAAUAUAUUUCAGAGCCACUGUCUGGAAGCUUUUAAGCACUUGGUUGCUCAUUAUUAUCACUUAUUAAAGUAGUCAAAGUCACGUACGUUAACAUCUGGACACAUCAAUUUUGAGGUGGGAAUUUGUAUACCAUCUCUGAUUUCUUAUGAACUUAUUUAUAAUGUCUGUUCACAGGAUGUGUUUGCCUAUAAGGAGGUUGGAGUCCCAGUGUGUCGGAUCUUUACUGUAAACCCCAAAGGAGAGCUGAUCCAGGAGCAGACUAAGGGCAACAAGUCUUCGUGAGUACUUACCUCGAUCUAGACUUCCAGUCCUAGAGACAGAAAAAUUGAAGUCAUUAGAAUAAGCAACAUGUAAACUGGGGUUUAGCAAUACAGAAUUGCAAAUGUUGUAUCGCUAAGGUCAAAUUUCUAUUUUCCAGUUCAAAUUGACUCUCUGCAUCAGUGCUUCACGGCUCUGCUGUUGAAAUCAAUUUCACUCUUUUAACCUUUUACAGGAAUUCUUCUUCUCCAGUCAAACAGAAAUGCUCAUAUCAAAUCAUACUGUUGCCAUAGUAAACCAGAUUUCGCAGAGUCGCUGUAUAGUGACAUUUUGUAUGGUAUCCAGAACUAUCAUGUGAUCUCCAUUCCAAUACAUACUAAUAAACAUCUGAUAAACUCACUCACAGCCUUAUUCCAGCAGCAGCCAUAGCCAUCUUAUAAGCUCUGGUUAACUGUAUGUCUAAAUGAAAAGCUGCACAAAUGAUUGACUAUACUGAUACAUAAGGAAAGAUAUGUAUCAAUAGCCAUGCACAGCUUGUUUUGCUGACCACAAUUGACCAAAAUCUACCAAUUUGCUUCUUGCUUGCGCCACCCAGCUUUUAAAAAAUGACCAUAAUGGUUAUUUAAAGGCACUGUGAGGAGGUUUUAAAUGGUUGAGAGGCAGGCUAAAACUGAAACUGUUGCCUCUUCAUGAUCUUCAAAAUCAAAUGAGACCAUCAGAAACAAGGCUGAAAAUGUCUUGAGCAGUAAAUUUUGAUGCAUGAAUCUGCUGUGAGAGGGUAGAUGUCACUCUAGGUGAUUGCUGGCAAGCCAAAGAAAUGGCAAAAACUUUGACAAAUACAGGACAAGAGAGAAGAGGUGCUACACAGGACCAGAAGUUCCUGACCAGAGCUCUAAAGAUCUGCUCUUAUCUGACGCCACUUUCCUGUCCUUGACCUCGUCUUUUUCUUGACAGUUACUGCCGGCUAAGCGAACUGGUGGAGCAUGUGUUCCCUCUACUGAGCAAAGAGCAGAACGAGGCCUUUGUCAUGCCAGAGUACAGCUCGUUCUGUUACUGGAGACAGCCCAUACCAGUCAUCAACCCCGAUGAACUGCUCUGAUCCCGCUCAGAUGGAUACCCAGGUAUUCACAACACCGCGAUCAGACUGUUGCUGCACUUGAAUGCAUCGUAAAGAAACACAUGGACUUUUCGAUAUCGUUCUCAGACACGCACAUCUAUGACUCAACAACGAGUGUGACAUAGUAACAGGGUUAUGACCAUACAAACUAAACAGCCUCUAAACUGUAAUUACAUGUCGGAGAUGAGUGGUAGUUGUUCCCGGGAGAGGAAAUCCUCGUUAAUAAUCCCUGAAAUUUCUCAUCAUCGAAAGACCCAAUCACCAUUUCUCCAUGCCUGUGAAGACACCCUAACACAGUGAGCACUCUCUAGUCCCCUUCACAGAACAGGGAUUAGAUCCGACACACAUCUUUAUAUCUCUGUGUACCCUCGAGCAAACAGGAUGGUCCGUAUUAGAGGGAGGGGAAGCGACUGAAGCCCCACAAGAGGUAUUAGCCCUAAGCACUGGAGACUGAGCUGUGUGGGAAAUGACAUUGUUUUCUUUUGCAAAGUUUCUCAAAUCUUCUAAAUACCUUGAAGAAUUACUAUUAAAAGUUUGACGCAAGAAUAAACACAAGAUAGGAAAUUAAUACUGACCGCAAUUUCAGUUCCAUCUUUAUUUAGCUGUGGUCGCAGCGUUAAUUUAGAGGCUUUAUUCUGUUCUUAAACUUUCAAUAAAAAGGUAAUAGUAGCUGUAAAAAAAAAAGAAAAGCUGCACCCCCCACCUACACCCAGUUCUGCUGUAGGGGUAAAGGUAGUAGCAGGGGGUUGGAGAACAGGACAGAGCUGCUCAAGGUUUUCACUUGAGUUGACUGUCCACCCCGGACUGACUGUGGUCAUUAGUUCGCUGUUGGCAGAACAGAUUUCACUUCAUCACUUCUUUCCCUCCGGGAGCUUUUGACGUUGGUACUGGAUGAGUCAUGUUCAGUAUUGUUAAUAUUCAAGGUCAUACCAGGGAUAAACUUUGCCAACAAGUAUGUGAAGAAGACCCACACUUCGAUGUGACUUUAACAAAAAAAAAAAAGAAAGAAGCAGCUUCAUUGGUAUAUUGUCUUGCUGUUAUUUUUAAUGUUUGUUCUGUUGUACAAGCUCUGGCGAAUCAAGUGUUUUGUCAACAAUGCAGUCAUUAUUUAUGAUAAUUGAUAUGUUUAAGUUAUUGAUUUCUAUCGUGAUGCCUUUGCUUGUCUGAAAAAAAAAAGCUAAUUUAUCACCAAUGCAAUGUUGAAAUACUUCAAAAUUUGUAUUUUGUGUGACUGGUCACUGGUUACCAUGCACUUAACAGUAACUACUAGGCCUUGUACUAUCUUUUUUUUUUAAUCUUGUAACCCAUUUUCACUCUGAUCUGUGUUCAUUUGUUUUGCAGUGAAAUUUUCAACAUGUAAGGUACAUUCACAUUCCUUAGGAAACCUCAGAAUCUGCAGCUUUAGUAUUGAAAUAUGUGUGUAAAUGUAAAUCAUGAUGCUUGAGUCGGAGCAGUAGAAACAAGCAGAUGUGGAAAGAGCGAAAAUGAAGGAUCCUGGCUUGCGUGGACUCCUUAAAGAGGACAUUUGGGUGAUGUAAUUGUGUGUUUAUGUAUGUGCGCGCAUACCUAAUCACUGAGUGCUGCUGUUAUGGGUGACAGAAUCACUCACCCUUUGCUUAUGUUCCCUCAGUGGCUUUAUGGAGACUUAUCCAACGCACUUUUGUCUAAGCUGCACCCAGAGACACUGCUCAGAGCACCUCUCACCCACAUGCACUUCACUGAAGGUCUCUAAAAGAUUUUAGACCAGAGUAUGCAAUUAAAGCAGGACAGAGAGUGCUAGACUUACCUCUUUGCUGUGUGAGUGACACCACAGACAGAAAUAUUCUGAAUUAUGUCAGGAAAAGAACUUUUGAAGGAGGAUUUGUGUUUGAAGGUCAUGAGAGGAAGAUGUAAGAAUAUAAGACAAAAUAGUGUGUAUAUCGGGUGCUGACGGAGCCAGCCCUUCGCAUUUGUGUGUGUUUAUUUGUGUGUACGUGCGUGUGAGAGCGAUAAAAGACUGACCCCGUGCCUCUGGCACCCGCAGGAAGAGCCAAAUAGGUUUUGUUUGGGGAUAAACAGGAAAUACUUGACUGUAUACAGGAAGCUUUUGAAGCGCUUCAUGGCAUUAUGUGUGUGUGAGAAAUAGGAAGAGACAUGUGGGCAGAUGUGCCACUCCACUUACACCGAUCAUACGUCCUACACAAGUGUAACAGCAGCAUGCCAGCGUGUGCUAGUGCGGAUUAAAAAAAGCAGAAAGACGUAUGAGUAAGACUAGACGGACAAAACUUAUAAACAAAGCACAAUUUACAAGAGUGGCUAGAUCCGAUGAGUGUCCAUUUGUCUUUCUUUUUAUCACUCUGUAGCUCAGACGUUUCCGUGAUGAUAGAGAUACGUGUUCAGCUUUGAUUGGUUUGCUUGUUCUCUCCAGUUUGGUGAAGUCAAAUAGAUAUAUAUCUUACAAUUUAACUAAAGGAAUUCCAUUCUUUCUAUGAAAGUAAAAGCAUCUUGUGUGGAAGAAUCACACUUCAUCCUCUAUGAUCCUGGACUACGUGGUAUACUAUAUUGUUUGUUCUCACUCAAUUGCUAUGUAAAAUGAUCUAGUGUAAACGCUGAUCACCACAUUCUUUCUGUUUUCGAUGCCUUUCGUUUUAUUAUUUCUUACAAAGUGUAUGAUCUUUUUUGUGGAACUCGGUGUGUUUCUUUGUGUUUGGAGGUUAUGCUUGCUAUUUGAUUGUGUCUGACCAACUGAAAUACCUUUAUGUGUAUGCUGUGUUUGAUUUGUAGAGAAAUGUGGUUAAAAAGUAUGUUUAAAGAACAAAACACAUUGUAAGAAGAAGAAGAAGAAGAAAAAAUAUCGGCCUAAUGAAGCUAACAAAGUGUGGCUUGUGGUCAUAUUUGUAUUAAAUAAAGUUUCUAACUGAA